GUGACACUUUGACACACAGCUGAGCUCAGUGUGGGGGUGCUGUCGGUAUCGGUGGAGAUGUUCGGUAACUGUGGAGCUGCAUAGGACCCGUACCUCGCCAGGUGUGUGUGUGUGUGUAUGUGUGUGUGUGUGUGUGUGUGCAUCUGCUCCACCUCGCACCCAUGAACUUUUCUGUCCUCCGCGCGCCGCUGCACCCUCCCUCUCACGGACAAUGAAGACGAGUCGCAGAUGCCGGACCCUUCUGUCGGUUACCUUGAACUUCUUCGCCCUGUUUUUCUCAAUAACCGCGUUUAUAACGACUUACUGGUGCGUGGGGACCCAGAGAGUCCCCAAGCCAAAGUGCAGCAAGCUGCGGACACACCAGUGUAUAGACUACGGAGUGAACGAGACGGACCCGAACAAAGUGGUGUACAGCUGGGAGACCGGGGACGACAGGUUCCUGUUCCGACAGUUCCACACCGGCAUCUGGUUCUCCUGCGAGGAAAACAUCGAUGAUGAAAGUGAGAGAUGCCGAAGCUUCAUCGAUUUGGCCCCACCAUCAGAGAAAGGGAUGCUGUGGCUGUCGCUGGUUUCUGAGAUGUUGUACAUAGUGCUGCUGGUGGUGGGCUUCAGCCUCAUGUGUUUAGAGCUGGGCCACUCCAGCAACGUCAUUGAUGGACUCAAGCUCAAUGCCUUCGCUGCCGUCUUCACUGUGCUCUCAGGUCUUCUUGGCAUGGUGGCUCAUGUGAUGUACACGCAGGUCUUCCAGGUCACUGUCAGCCUCGGACCACCUGACUGGCGGCCCUACAACUGGGACUACGGCUGGUCUUUCUGCAUGGCCUGGGCCUCCUUCACGUGCUGCAUGGGUGCAUCAGUCACCACACUCAACUCCUACACGAAGACCGUCAUCGAGUUCAGGCACAAACGCAAGACCUUUGAGCAAAGCAUCCGCGAGGAACACGCACAGGAGGCUUUCGGAUAUUUCCGGGAACGCUCCGUGCACUCCAUCUCCAAAUCUGUGGAGGUUUAUUCCAGCCAGACACCAAAAAGCACCAGGAAAGCUCCCAUACCUGCUGACUCUCUGGACCUGAGUGACAUUACAGGAUCUUUGGGGGAAGAACAGUGUUGAAGUAGGUGGCAUUUCUCUCAGUGUGGCAACUUGACUGGCGGAAGCACUGUUGUUCAUCUGUGGUCGGUGUUUAGUACGGGAUGAACACCUAAUUGGAUUUCACAUCAUUAGCUCCGUCUGAUACAUUUAAACGCUGCCUUAAUUGUGGGUGUGUUGUUGGCAUCGGUAGUCAUGGAGCUUUAACUCACAUAGGAGCUAGCUUCAAACUGGAAAAAUGGACUAAUCUCAUGGAUAAAGGUGUUUUCUCUGUUUGUGUAACACAAUGUAGAUAUAAAGGAAACUGUUAAUUACGCCCAUAUAAAUAGAGUGAGGGUCUCUCAGAUGCUAACGGCCUUAUUUCAGUCAAUCAAUGAAUCAAUGCAAAAGACAGGGUGUCAGUUUAACUGGUUUUCAUUGAUUGUGAAAAAAAAAGCCUCAAAUACUUUCUGCAAAUGAUGUGCCUACAUAUAGAAAUUGUAAAUAAGUACGUAAGUGUGCAGUAUUGUUGUACAUAGAUUGGUUGUGAAAAAUUGUGUGUCAUUUUUCUUUUGGAUGUUCGCGAUCUUUUAUUGUCUCACAAUGCCCAAAGGAGCAUAUGCAACACAGUGGUUUUGUUUUGUGAAACCAGUGUGAACCAUGUCAGAAAAAACUGCAGAGAAACUUAAAACAGAGACCUUUGUAGCAGGAAAAUGUAUAUGAACAAUUGUAAUGGUGUUAUAGGUAUGAUCAACAGUGUAUAUAGUAUCACACAUUUCCAGUACAGUAUGUCAUUUUCAUUUAAUGUUUCUACUUUGAUUAGAUAAUAAAUACUCACUUCUGUGAAGAUGUCUCUGUUCA